GUAUGUUGGCUUAAAUAUUAAAUCAUCAGCAAAUAAUAAUUAUGGUAUAGUUUGAUUCUGAGAGAGAGAGAGGGAGAGAUACCAUAAAUCCAAGAUCAGAAAAUUUCCUAGGGUUUGCAGAGAGGAAGAAAAUCCACACUCAAAACCCACUCACAACAACAAGAAGACGCAACAGUGACGAUGGAAGACAAACCUAAUGAUACUGGAUCCAAAUCAACCGACGCCACCAAAUCAGACGAAAAACCAUUAGCUGAAACCCUAGACGAUGCCAAUACUGCAGAAGAGCAUCAUAAUAACACCACCGAAAUUGAUGCAAUUGCUAAUCAGUCUGACUCAGUUGCAGCAGUCUCAAACGAGGAUGUCAAUGUCAAAUAUCCAGACACAGAAGCAGCAGCAGCAGCAGUUGAGAACAAAAAUGACGACGUAGAACAGCUGGAAAACGGCGAAGAACAUCAUCAUAUUGCGUCUCCAUCUGCAUCCGGUGGGAACAAAAACGACGACGUAGAGGAUGUGAUGGAGGGAAAGAUGUGUGCUGAUUUUGUUGUAGUUCCUAGGAUGGAAUCGGAAAGGGAAAUUGGGGAUUCGUUUCUAUUGGAACCAAAUUCGGGUGUUGAAGAUGAGUCUGGAACAGAGGAUGAACAAGCUGCGUUUAUGAAGGAGGUUGAAAUUUUUCAUAAAGAGAGGUUUUUGGAGUUUAAGCCUCCAAAGUUUUAUGGAGAGCCACUCAAUUGCCUUAAGUUAUGGAGAUCGGUGAUCAGGCUCGGUGGCUAUGAACAGGUGACCUCUUGCAAGCUGUGGCGACAAAUUGGAGAAUCAUUUAAACCCCCUAAGACUUGUACUACUGUCUCAUGGACAUUCCGAGUUUUUUACGAGAAGGCAUUGCUUGAAUACGAGAAAUAUAAGAGUAGUAUCGGGGAGCUUCCGUUCACUGAUGUCUCUUCUGCAGAACCUGUUUCUGGUUUGAAACAGACCAGUAUAAAUCAAACACCUGGAUCAGGAAGGGCCAGGAGAGACGCAGCAGCUCGAGCUAUGCAGGGUUGGCAUUCUCAACGUCUUGGUAAUGGCGAAGUUGGGGAUCCAGUCAUCAAGGACAAGACUUCAAGUACGUCUGUGAAGCGAGAAAAGCAAGGCAUUGGUUUGCUGAAGCGCAAAAAGCCAUCUCCGGUUGAACGUGCUGUCAAAGUUGCUCGCAUGAAAGCGUCAAAACCACAAUUGGACUCACCAGUUGUGGAUGUGGGCCCUCCUGCUGAUUGGGUGAAAAUUAAUGUGCAGAGAACUAAGGACUGCUUUGAGGUGUAUGCUUUGGUCCCCGGGCUUUUACGUGAAGAGGUGCGGGUACAGUCAGAUCCAGCUGGUCGCUUGGUCAUAUCUGGUCAACCAGAGCAGCUCGACAAUCCUUGGGGCGUUUCUCCUUUUAAAAAGGUUGUAAGCUUGCCAUCUCGGAUUGAUCCUCAUCAAACCUCAGCCGUUGUAACCCUGCAUGGUCAGUUGUUUGUGAGAGUGCCGUUUGAGCAGCCAGCCGUUUCUUAACAGAUGCAGAAAGUUGUAGAAUUUGUAGCUGUAUGUAAUCAGGUUUAAAAGAUGAAACUUGUGUAUGUUUCUUACUUGAUUUGUAUUUGCAAAAACCGUCACAAACAUGUCCCAACACAAAUUCAAGGAUCCGAUUCUAACUGGAACCGUCAUUUUGUGAGCUAAUCUAUAAGCCUGUUUGAUCCUUC